AAAAUGAGUUAAAUCAACUACGGCAGAGUGUUCAAGAACAAGAAAAUUCACUCCUCAAUCUAAAUUCAACCCUUCAAGAAAAACUCAAACUUCAACAAAAUGCUUUACAGCAGUCUGAUGAACUGUCAGAGCAAAUGGCAACCUCAUUUUUGAGUGGUGAAUUGGAAACAGAUCAAUUUAUAAAACAUUUUAGAGAAAUAAGAAAAGUUUUUCAUUUGAGAAAUGCAAAGGUGGAAAUUGUUAAAAAUAAACCCGGAAUCUUGGAUGAGAUGGAUGGCAGUGGU